UUUUAUGCAUAUCGUGUGUUUAACCGGAAUAAUUUAAGCCAAUGGCAAAAUUGUGAUGUGAAUUCAAGUUCAUGUUUUCAAUUAAAUGUGCUUAUUAGUACCGUAUAAUAUUUACAGAGAAUUGACGCGUUUUUUGCAAACACAGACGUUCAUUGUUGUUAAAAAAAGUUGUACAUUUAUUUCGUGAAAAGAAUACUCUUAUCUAAAUUGCUUUUAUUAUUUUUUAUCCGAGAUGUGCAAUGUUUUAAAGUCCAGACAAAAUAUGGAUCAUUAAAUAUGCAUUUUAUUACCUGCCUUGAUGUGAAUCAUAUGUCGUAAAUUUAAAUUGAAGAAAAAAAGGUUUAAAUUGCUUAAACAUUUCAAUUCGUAUAUAAAGACGAAAAGAAGAAGUAUUCGAAGUAUAUGGCGCAAAACCAGAUUGUUGAUCGUCGAUCGCCUCACGUGAUCGUAUUAUAUCUACCGUACAUGGGACAAGCCCAAACAUUCAUCAACAAAAGCCGUUCACAGUGAUAUAUGCAAAACCAGAAACGUGAAUCAACAUUGUUUGUGUUAUUAUAGGUUUUUUGUGUUACACGCUUUGUGCGCGUUGCAUUGUUGUUAGUUUGAAUUGAAUAACCCGAGUGAAACGAUGACAUUCGAAAAGUACGAACAAAAUGAAAAAGAUGACAAGCAUAAAUAUCGAUAUCGACGCUUUAUCGCUCAGUUUUUAGCGACGACAGUGAAAAAUAUGCUAUUAUUUGAUCUUGGAUUGUGUUUGGCCUUUCCUGGAAUAAUUAUUCCAGCUUUGACCGGAAUUCAAAACGAAUUUAAUCAGAAUGAAACUCUAUCGCUUACCGCAUCACAAGUCAGCUGGUUAGGUAGCGUUAAUUACGUAGUUGAACCGUUGGGUUCAAUCUUAUCUGCAAUAAUAACAGAUCCCUUGGGCCGACGGCGAGCAAUGAUGAUCGUGAACAUUCCCCUUAUCAUUGCAUG